AUGGGUCUCGGUGGUUGUAUUCUUCAGGCGGAGUAUGAGAUGAAGAUGAAGGCAAUGAUGGUGUUUUUCUUCUCGGCGACGACUCCAUUUGGGAUAGCAAGUGGAAUUGGGUUGUCGAAUGUGUAUCGUGAAAAUAGUCCGGCAGCCCUGAUGGUGGUCGGAAUACUAGAUGCAGUGUCGGCAGGGCUGUUGAAUUAUAUGGCUUUGGUGGAUCUGUUGGCGGCGGAUUUCAUGGGGAAAAAGCUUCAAGAAGAUAUGAAGCUUCAAGCAAUUUCUUUUGUUGCAGUUUUUCUUGGUGCUGGAGGCAUGUCGGUGAUGGCAAUUUGGGCAUAA